GCGGGACCGGAGGGGCCCGAGCGCCGGCUGCGGAGCCCCAGCUGUAGCUGGGCGAGGGCGGCUGCGGUCGCGGCGGCGGCGGCGGCGGCGGCGGGAGAAGAUGGUGGCGCUGGAGGUAGGAGCGGCUGGAGUGGAGCUUUAUUCCCAGCCUCGGCACCAACGCUGUCGUUAGCGUCGCCUGCUUCCGCGGGCCCGCGGACCCAGCUGUCAGGCAAGAAUGGUGGCUUCCUGAGAACAGAACAGCCUGUCUGGCUUGGCCACUGCUCUGCCUCUACGCCCAGAACAUUGCCUGGAGGCUGGCACGUAAUAGACAUUCAUUAGCCGGGUGAGGCAGAAUGAGAGCGCAGUGAGCCGGCCCAGCCCCUCUCCCAGCCGUCGCCGACGCCCACCAUGAACCACUUGGAGGCGGCCGCGGAGGUGGAGGUGACGGACGAGGCGGCAGGCGGGGAGGUGAACGAGUCGGUGGAGGCCGACCUGGAGCACCCGGAGGUGGAGGAGGAGCAGCAGCAGCACCAUGCGGGCCGCCCCCCGCGCGGGCGCGCCGUCGAGGACCUCCGCGCCCAGCCCGGGCCGCAGCAGCCGCAGCAGCAGCAGCAGGAGGAGGAAGAGCGCGGGGAGUGCCUGGCGCGCUCCGCCAGCACGGAGAGUGGCUUCCACAACCACACGGACACGGCCGAGGGCGACGUGAUCGCCGCAGCGCGCGAGGGCUACGACGCCGAGCGCGCGCAGGACCCCGAGGACGAGAGCGCGUACGCAGUGCAGUACCGGCCCGAGGCCGAGGAGUACACGGAGCAGGCGGAGGCCGAGCACGCCGAGGCCACGCACCGCCGCGCGCUGCCCAACCACUUGCACUUCCACUCGCUGGAGCACGAGGAGGCCAUGAACGCUGCCUACUCGGGCUACGUCUACACGCACCGGCUCUUCCACCGCGGCGAGGACGAGCCCUAUGCCGAGCCCUACGCCGACUACGGGGGCCUCCAGGAGCACGUGUACGAGGAAAUCGGGGACGCACCCGAGCUGGACGCGCGCGACGGCCUGCGGCUGUACGAGCAGGAGCGAGACGAGGCGGCCGCCUACCGCCAGGAGGCCCUGGGCGCGCGGCUGCACCACUACGACGAGCGCUCCGACGGCGAGUCCGACAGCCCCGAGAAGGAGGCCGAGUUCGCGCCCUACCCGCGCAUGGACAGCUACGAGCAGGAAGAGGACAUCGACCAGAUCGUGGCCGAGGUCAAGCAGAGCAUGAGCUCGCAGAGCCUCGACAAGGCGGCCGAGGACAUGCCUGAGGCCGAGCAGGACCUGGAGCGCGCCCCCACCCCGGGCGGGGGCCGCCCGGACAGCCCCGGGCUACAGGCGCCGGCGGGGCAGCAGAGGGCGGCUGGCGGCGAGGCGGUGCAGCGGUACAGCAAGGAGAAGAGGGAUGCCAUCUCGCUGGCCAUCAAGGACAUCAAGGAGGCCAUCGAGGAGGUGAAAACCAGGACCAUACGCUCGCCUUAUACCCCCGACGAGCCCAAAGAGCCCAUCUGGGUCAUGCGCCAGGACAUUAGUCCCACCAGGGAUUGUGACGACCAGAGGCCGGUGGAUGGAGAUUCCCCGUCUCCUGGCAGUUCCUCACCCCUGGGUGCAGAGUCUUCGAGCACACCCCUUCAUCCCAGUGACCCCACGGAAGCCUCCACAAAUAAAGAGUCAAGAAAAAGCUUGGCUUCAUUCCCAACCUACGUCGAAGUUCCUGGACCUUGUGACCCUGAGGACUUGAUCGAUGGAAUCAUUUUUGCUGCCAAUUACCUGGGCUCCACCCAGCUUCUCUCAGACAAAACCCCCUCCAAAAACGUGCGCAUGAUGCAGGCCCAGGAAGCAGUCAGCAGGAUCAAGAUGGCCCAGAAAUUAGCCAAAAGCAGGAAGAAGGCCCCUGAAGGUGAAUCUCAGCCAAUGACCGAAGUGGAUCUCUUCAUUUCUACCCAGAGAAUCAAAGUAUUGAACGCUGACACGCAGGAGACGAUGAUGGACCACCCUCUGAGGACCAUUUCCUACAUUGCAGACAUCGGGAACAUCGUUGUGCUGAUGGCCCGCAGGCGGAUGCCCCGCUCCAACUCCCAGGAGAACGUGGAAGCCUCCCACCCAUCCCAGGAUGGAAAAAGGCAGUACAAGAUGAUCUGCCACGUCUUUGAAUCUGAGGACGCUCAGCUGAUUGCACAGUCCAUCGGGCAGGCAUUCAGCGUGGCAUACCAGGAGUUCCUCAGGGCCAACGGGAUUAACCCCGAAGAUCUCAGCCAGAAGGAAUACAGUGACCUGCUCAACACCCAGGACAUGUACAACGAUGACCUGAUCCACUUCUCCAAGUCGGAAAACUGCAAAGAUGUCUUCAUAGAGAAGCAGAAAGGGGAAAUCCUAGGUGUGGUGAUUGUGGAGUCUGGCUGGGGAUCCAUCUUGCCAACCGUGAUCAUAGCCAACAUGAUGCACGGAGGCCCAGCAGAGAAAUCGGGGAAGCUGAAUAUUGGGGACCAGAUCAUGUCCAUAAAUGGCACCAGCCUGGUGGGCCUGCCUCUGUCGACCUGCCAGAGCAUUAUUAAGGGCUUGAAGAAUCAGGCCCGGGUCAAGCUGAAUAUCGUGAGGUGUCCCCCAGUGACCACCGUGUUGAUCAGGAGACCAGACCUUCGCUACCAGCUGGGGUUCAGUGUCCAGAACGGAAUCAUCUGCAGCCUCAUGCGAGGGGGAAUAGCGGAGAGAGGAGGUGUCCGCGUGGGACAUCGCAUCAUUGAAAUCAACGGGCAGAGCGUGGUCGCCACCCCACACGAGAAGAUCGUGCACAUCCUCUCCAAUGCUGUUGGGGAGAUUCACAUGAAGACUAUGCCGGCUGCCAUGUACAGACUGCUGACGGCCCAGGAACAGCCCGUCUACAUCUGAAGCCACGCCCCCGCCCCCGGGCAGCAUGCAUGGAGGACUCUCCUCACUUGUGGUUGUGUUUCUCGUGCUACAUCUGUGUGCCCACUGAGACAUUCCCCUCUCAUACCCAGCACUCGGUUUGACACAGAAGGAAAAGAAUCCACAGAGACCUCCUUCUCUGUCUCUCUCUAGUUUGGUUUUUUUGUUGUUUUUAGCACCAGGGAAGUUUUGUAUGCACUCCCUUGAGGCUGGAGAGCAGCCAGUAUCCACCCAGAAUCUGCCCAGGACCAUCCUGAAGGGCCCUUGGGGGUCCUGAAGAGGGUUGUCACCGCUCAGGAAGGAUCUUCCCUUCCCAAGAGGUGCAGACCUCUUAGAAGGAACUCCUAGGGGUGGUGAAGAAGCUGAUUCAGCAGUGCCUAUGAUCCAACCACUGAUCUCUGCUCUCUUCCAGUCAAUUUCUGGGAAUAUGGUAGUAACAGGGAGGACCAGCCCGUGUCUUUACGGAUAUGCCUGCCCACCAUGUACAUGGGGCAUCAUACAUUAUUUCUGCCCAGAAUUUCUGAGCCAACCUUAUGCCUCUUCUGUAGUUUUAGUUUCAACAUAAUUGUGUUUUCUAAUGCAAACCUUUUCACCCAGGAUAGAAGGGGAACUGCCGUGGACAAGAAUACCUUCGUGUUGCAGAGAACUGGGCGAUUCCCAGGGCACCCUGGUUUCCCAAGGUUAGCAACCAUUAGCUAAACACAGGCAGGUGCUUCCUGCCUCCUACAUCACACGUACGUACACGGUCUCACUUGCAUAUAUUUCAGCCUUCCCUCCUCCCUUCCGCCAGUGAGGUACCCAGAGCCCCUGGAAAACCCACGUCACCUCCAUGUGAGGCCCCUUCCCCCAGCAGGUGAGGCCUGCAGGGACUGGUGAGCCCUGUCUGGAGAGAACCGCCCCUCUGAGGCUGAGGCCUGGCCCUGCCAGCACCGCCUUGGCUAGAAGUGUUCUGGUGGACUCCCCUCGUGCCUCCACCCGACACACACAUCCCACACUGGGAGUCUGGGAGCGAUGGACUGUUCCUCUUGAAGAUGAGGCCCGGUGGAAUCAUGUUAUGCUUCCUGGCCCAAGGUGGGACCAGCCUUGUUCUCCACUCAGGACCAUGAGGCAGGAUGUGACAUUUGAGGGCCCAGAACAGUAUAUAAACCACAAAACUAAGGGGACAAUCAUGACCUCAAGCGAUGCCUAAGAAGCCCCAAAUGUGUUCCAGAAACAUCUUGCUGCCUCCUGGGCCUGAGAAAGCUUUUAUUUGGUGUGGAACAUUACGUGUUUUAUCAGGUGCCUCAUGUCCAUGGGUUUUGUCUCAGUUUGGUGCAGAUGUUUUAGUAAUAUCAUGAUUCUGAGCCAGUUUUCACUUACUCUUGGUCCAAAGAGCAUUUUGUUUUCAUGUGGGUGGGGUGUGGCUUGGAUUGGUUUUUGUUUUGUUUUGCUCGUGACCUCUGCAAAGACAGGGGAAGAGAAACUAAUAUAUUUUGUGAUAUUAAUAUAGUCCCUCUUCUCAACAUCUGCGUCAUUUAUGUUGUGUCCAUGGAAGUAGGAACCCGGUGAGCACGUGUUGGACAGUAUGGGUUUAUAUGUCGAAUGGAGGGAUUUCAGGGAGGGAGAAAGUGAAUAUGAAAAGGUUGGGAACAAGAUACUUGUGCCAGAGAGCUGUGUGGUCAGUGCCCCUGGGAUCUCUGUGCCAUCUUGAGUUUUCUGCUUAGAGUCAGGAAAGCCGGUUGUUUCAGUGGCGUCAGUGGCUGGACUCCCAGUGUGACCGUGGGACAGGCCCUGCUGAAGAGUGGCUGUGCUGCCCGCAUGUCCCCUUUAGGAAGGGGCUGCCCCUUCUCCGGGCUGGGCAGUCUGGGACCCCUGGUUGACUUUUGAGGACACUUAGCUGAAUGCUGCUGGGAGACCAGCCCCAAGGCUGACCCACUGCAAACGUGAGGAGCCGGGAACCUCAGCUCCAUUUACCAAACCGUAGUGUCUGAUGACAUAUAAUUAAAUACUAAAGAGGCCUAAGUUCAUCUUUCCUUUGCCAGAAGGAGCGGGUAAAGUAGGAAUGAAGCGUUCUGGGUGGUAUUUUCAGGCAUGAGGAGCCUUGGGGAGUCACUGGAGAGAGGCUCAUGCCAUCUGCUCCCAGGGCGACCGCUUGAGCCGCCUGCCCGAGGGCCCAUUCCGAGCCCCCGCAAUCGGCCAGGGGACGGGAACCCCACCAGCAUAUCCCUGGGCAGCCUCCCACAUAAUUAUAUAAGGCUCUUCACCCAAAGGAGAGAAGAGACAGAAUAUACUUUCUAUUGCUACUGCAGAAAAAUCUUGGGAAGUUUGACAGGUGCUGAAAAGGCCAGUGUGGUGAACUCUCCUAGAAGGCUAACAUUUCAGCAUAAGAUUACCCACCACGUACCUCUGUGUUCGUAAAAGUGGCUCCUCACGCCCAGAUAGCGAAUGUUUCCGGAGCUUGGUCCAGGUUCAGAGGGCUGUAGUGUAUUCUUUUCCCUGCUCCCACUGGAUGGAGGGAAUCAGCCCACCUUUGGAAGUUAACCAAGGAGCCAGAAUCUUAAUAGUAACUGUUUUUGAAAGUCCCACGGGAAGUGGUGGUCUGUUUCCCUUCUGACAUCCCAGUAUAUAUAGUUACAUAUGUAAAUAUCUGAAAUAGUUACAUAUGUAAAUAUCUGAAACCCCAUGUAAUGGGGAAGACUAUGUACAGAACAGCCUUCCCAAACAUGGCCCCGGGCAGAAAGCCACUCUUGCCACUUGGCUAGGACAUGCUGGUGACUCAGCUUUGGGGACAGAUUCCUAGAUCCGUCGACCCCUCCUGGUCCAGCCAGGAUGCACCAGAACCCACCCUGCCUCUGCCUUCUCAAAUGUGAGCAUUUCAGGGAGCCACCAUCAGCCUUGGGUUCACGAGAGGACGAAGCCCCCAGAGACCAAUGCCUGGAGCCUGCUCCCCUCACUGGAGCGGCUCCUCCAGGCCUGGAGCCCAUCACGGGGCACUGGACUCCGAGUCCCUGCAGCCGGGUCUGCUUUCUGAACAUUGCCCAUCAGCACUGGCCUCAGAGAGUCCCAGAGUAACCUACUACCUCCCCAUCACUCCCACCACCCCUUUUCACACCCGUCACCCCGUCCGCAUGCAGAAGAGACCCACCCGCCCUUCUUGGGUCCCUCAGCCCAGCGGUGAGGCUGUUAACAAUGUUUACAACCAAGGGCACCUCCUCUUAGGUGUGUUUACUCUCCCACUUACAAGGCCACUUGCUGGUUUGAGUUUCAUGUCUGUCUGCUCCUUCCCUGGUUGAGUCCGACUUGAGCACACGACACUGAUCUUACGUCCCGACCCUCCAUCAAGGCAGUCGUGAGGACCGUGUGGGAAGGAAAUUCCGUGUACAUAUUCAGCAGUCCCUAGAGUAUGAACUUGUACUAUUGUUCUGUAAAGAGGGUGAAAGAGAGCUUAUUGUAAAGCGCUGGGAGAAGUAUAGUAUUGUAUUUGUAACAAUAUGGUUCUUUGUAUACACAAAACUCAAUGAUCUCUAUAUAUAAAUAUAAAUAAAUAUAUAAAUAAGAUCUAUAUACACGUGAGCCUGGAAUGUUGAUGCCGCACACCCACUGAAUGUACUUCCUCUGACAGUCUGGUCACCGGGCUGGCCCUCCCUCCCCUCCUCCAUACCGUUUUGGGGGUUGUGAUGUAUUUAAUGUGUUCUCUUCCUUUAUUUAACUGAACGCUAAUGUCUGUAAGAGUUGCUGCAACAAUAAACAAGAACUUCACCUCUUGG